UGCAUUAUCUGUGAUUUUGGCUAGAAUCCGCUGAGUUUCUGAGGGUGUUAUGAUUCUGGGUUAUUUGAAUCGGUGUGAGGCAGCAAGAAUCUGAUUUUGCAUAUUUUAAGGUAGUUCUUUUCUGCGUGCGUGGUGAGUUGGUUAAUUGACAAGCGGGUCACCAUGUGGUAGCCGAGCUCAGCCCGCUGCGCCGCGGCCAUGGCGGCCAGAGACAGGCCGUCCGCCGAACCGACGGCCGGCUUCGUCUGCCCCGGAACAGAGUUCAUCCGGCAGGCGACCAACUAUGAGGAGAUCGGCCUCAUCGGAAACGGUGCGUACGGUACGGUGUACAAGGCGCGCGACCUGCGCAAUGAGGGCCAGAUGGUGGCGCUGAAGAAGAUUCGGGUGCGCCUCUCGGAUGACGGCGUUCCAAUGUCAACCCUGCGUGAGAUCGCUACUCUGCGGCAGCUGGAGAAGUCAGAUCACCCCAACAUCGUCAGGCUGCUGGACAUCUGUCACGGCCAGCGGUCCGAGCAGGGCAACCAGCUCAUCCUGGUGCUGGUGUUCGAGCACAUCGACCAGGACCUGUCGGCCUACCUGGAGAAGUGCCCGCAGCCCGGCCUCAGCCCCGGCCUCAUCAAGAGCAUGCUGUACCAGAUCCUGGCGGGUGUGGACUUCCUGCACAGUAACCGGAUCGUGCACCGAGACCUGAAGCCGCAGAACAUCCUGGUCACAAACGGCGGCGACGUCAAGAUCACCGACUUCGGCUUGGCCAGGAUAUACGACUACCAGAUGACACUCACCAAUGUGGUGGUAACGCUCUGGUACCGGGCGCCCGAGGUGCUCCUCCAGUCCUCGUACGCCACGCCGGUCGACAUCUGGUCGGUGGGCUGUAUUUACGCCGAGCUGUGGCGGCGGACGGCGCUCUUCUGCGGCAGCAACGAGACGGGCCAGCUCGUCAGGAUACUCGACGUGAUGGGCACGCCAGACGAGGCGGACUGGCCGGAGAACGUGUCCGUGCCGUGGUCGUCGUUCCACCGGCGCCAGGGAGUGCUCGACAAACUCGUACCUGAAAUCUGCGACCUGGGCCGCGACCUGCUCAAGCGUAUGCUGGCGUUCUCGCCCAGCCACCGGAUCACUGCUGCCGAGGCGCUGCAGCACGCCUACUUUGACGACGAGCGGAUGGCUCUCAGCUCGCCGUCGGGCGGCCAACUGUCCUGCUCGAGCGCCAAUGACUCGGGCACAUCGAACGCCAGCAGCGCGUGAGAGGGCGCGUCACAGACUGAGCGGUGGCCGCGGGCCGGAGAGUGGUGCUGGACCUACCUGAAGUGGCUGUAGCGGUGCUGACUGAGCGGCGCGGGCGCCGCGGUGUGCGCCGUACCGGCGCCGGAGGUUCAUUCCCAGUUAUUUGUUGACGCCUGCAUUCCCUGCGGGACCAUUGCGCUCGGACCGCUGCCGGUCCGGGCGGGUUUUGUACGUGUUGUGUCUGUGUUUGUGUGCGCGUGUGUUGCGGGCGGGUGGCCCCGCCAGGGCGGCCCGGUGCCCUCGGCCCGGGCGCGCCAUACCUCACAAACUGCCGGGUCGAUCGCCGCUGGCGCUCCUCCUUCCUCGGGCGCGUCGAGCCAUCCGCGGGCAUUUCCAGUGGUCUGUACAUAGGCAGCCGGCGGCGGGCGCGUGCCGUGGCCGCGCGGCCGGCGGACGGGCGAGCCGCCCCUCUGUGUAUCAGUAGCCUCUCCGCCUCUGUUUCCUAGUCACUCGUCUGUCGUGGCGUGCCGAGGCCGUCGCCAGUCCUCCAGGUGCUACUGCGCAUGUGCAGCUUCUGCGCACAGUCCAGCCGGAAUUUCGUACUUAUGUCAGGCGCUAACAUAUCAACUAUCAGCUGCCGUGCGUGCCUUCGAGCGACCGUCCGGAGAGCGUCAGCCAGGUCUCCGUGAGGAAUCCACUAGGAUAAUGUGUAAUUUGUACAUGCUUUGUUUCGAUCGUUAUAUAUUUCAUACAAAUAUUUUGGGAAC